AUGUUUGUGCUCUUGACUUACAAGGUUAUGGCUUCACCUGAUCACAUCCCUGAUAUUCAGCCAUUGGUUUUGGAUUGCAUUAGUUUUUUCAAUUCUGCUCGAGCUGAUCAUCCAAAUCUUCCACCGUUCCUUUAUGGUGAAUCGCUAGGCGCUGCACUUGCAGUACUUGUAUGCCUUAAGCAAAGGACUGCAUGGAAAGGUUUGGUACUGAGUGGAGCAAUGUGUGAAAUUUCAAAGAAGUUCAGACUUGUGUGGCCAAUCGAGAAGCUACUCCCGACUGCUGCUUUCAUUGCACCGUCUUGGAGGAUUGUGAUCACCCAACCUCCAGCAAGUAGGUCGUACAAGAAGGAAUGGAAGAGAAAGCUGAUAGAGAGAAGCCCGAAUUGCCAGACGUGUGGGAAGCCAACAGCAGCCUCUGCAUUACAGCUUCUGAGAGUUCGUGAAUAUUUAAAGAGGAAUUGCCAUGAACUGGAAGUACCUAUGCUAAUUGUGCAUGGUGGUGAGGGCAUGAUAUGUGUCCCUGAGGGCGCAAAAUUUCUGUAUGAAUCGUCGACUAGCGAGGAUAAGACACUGAAGAUUUUCACAGGCAUGUGGCACCAGUUGAUUGGGGAACCAAAUGAAAGCGCAGAGUAUUCAACAAUAUAUUGUCAUGGAUAG